CGAGUGGAAGAGAAGUUAACCGGUGUCUGGAAAAAAAAAUGAUUAUUGAAAACCUAGAUUCAUUGAAAACGUGGCUUUUUAAAACCCUCGAACCGAUUUGUGAUGCAGAUCCAUCUGCUCUCGCUAAAUACGUGGUUGCCUUGGUGAAGAAGGACAAGAGCGAGACGGAACUCAAAGCCCUGUGCGUGGACCAGUUGGACGUGUUUCUACAGAAAGAGACGCAGACCUUUGUCGAUAGACUCUUUGAAGCCGUCAACUCCAAAAGCUACCUACCUCAGCAGGACCAUCAGCCAGGUUCCGCGGGCAAAGCGGAGGGACACCUGACCAGGACGGACAAAGACGACCAGAGGAAAGAUGAGCCAAGUCGCGAGGAGGACCGGGACAAGAAGUUCUCCAGGAGAGUGAUCUACAGCCCCCCGUCCAGCUCCCGCUACAGUAGAGACAGCAGACGAGGGGAUGACCGUAAAAGGGACGACCGUACCAGGAAACGGAACGAUUACGACCGUAUCCCCCCGAGACGGGACUCGUACCGGGACCGUUACAACCGGAGGAGGGGCCGUAGCUACAGCCGCAGUAGGAGCAGGAGCAAGGACCGGGCCAGGGACCGGGAGAGAGACCGAGACCGCAGUAGCAGGAGUCACAGCAGGAGCCACUCCAGGAGCAGAGAGCGGGAUGCUGGGAGGUCAAAGUACGAGCCCGAUCGAGGAGACCGGGGGACGGAGGUUGGAGCUGGUGAAGGCCUCCUGCCGAUCCCCGCGGCAACCGCCACGUUCCCCGUGCCGACCCUCAGCAGCACCAUCACGGUGAUCGCCCCUCAAGGUAACCACAGCAACAGCAUCGCCUCGGUGACGGACAGCUGGUCGGACUUCCACCCGGAUCAGUCACUGGACCGGCCCCUUCCGCCGCAGAGGAAACGUUGCCGUGACUACGACGAGAAAGGCUUCUGUAUGCGCGGGGACAUUUGCCCGUUCGACCACGGUAUCGAUCCAGUGGUGGUGGAGGACGUUAAUCUACCUAACAUGUUCCAAGCCCCUCCCCCUAUCCCGGGGGUCGCCCAGCCCCCUCCCGGCCUACCUCCCCCGCCAGGACCUCCUCCUCUCUUGACCCCACCUCCCGUCAACCUCCGCCCCCCUGUGCCCCUGACAGGCAGCCUGCCGCCUGGCCUGCCGCCUGGCCUGCCGCCCAGCCUGCCACCAGGUCCCCCUCACCAGGCAUCAGGGAUGGAUGCCCCUCCUAGCUCCAUCGCCAACUCUGUUCCCACUAUUGUAACCACAGGGACACGACCCUCCAUCCCCCAGCCCCCGGCUCCUCUCUUCCCACCAGGCCAGUAUGACUCUGACAUGUAUAACCCUGAGGAUCCCAGCCUCACCAACACCUCCAGAGGAGGGAGAGAGAGAGACAGAGAUCAGAUGCCCAACAGAAUGAGGAUCGUUCUGGACUCGGCCUCCAGGAAGAGAUCUGCUGUCUCACAUCACGGAGCAAUGCUCCCCAAGAAACCCUGGGCCGACAAACCUAACUUCAACCAGCAGAACCUCCAGGGUGGGUUCCACAACAAGAACCCUCAGAACCAGAACCAGAAGGCUCCGUUUGGGUCAAACACCAAGCUGUCGGUCCUUCAGAUCCCCCAGGGACUCAACAACAUCUCCAAGCUUAACCAACACUUCAGCAAGUUCGGGACGAUCGUCAACCUGCAGGUAACCUAUGGUAAUGACCCGGAGGGCGCCCUGAUCCAGUUCGACAGUCACGAGGAGGCUAAGCGUGCCCUGCAGAGUCCUGAGGCUGUUCUCAACAACCGCUUCAUUAGAGUCCUCUGGCACUGUGAGGACGAGAUGGGACAGCAGGGAAUGGGACAGCAGGGACAGCAACACCAUCAACCACAGCCACUCAUGCAGGUGCAGCAGCCAGCCACUAGUCUGAAACAGUCCGUCAAAGACCGUCUGGGCCCUCUGCCUGCCGACAGCUCAGAGCCCAACCAAGACUCUCGUGUUGCCUCACAGAAUGACUUUAAAUCCAACCUAUCAAUGAAGGAGAGGCUGGGCUUCGCCUCUAAACCAGGAAGUACCCCUCGUGGACCGACAGGAAAGGUGUUCUCCACCUCUACAGGGCUGACUAAGACAGUGUUUUACAUGGUCCUCCUCUCCACCUCUACAGGGCUGACUAAGACAGUGUACAACAUGGUCCUCCUCUCCACCUCUACGGGGCUGACUAAGACAGUAUAUAACAUGGUCCUCCUCUACAGGGCUGACGUGUUCUCCUAUAUGAGUCCUCUUCACCAGGUGUCCUCCUAUAUGAGUCCUCUUCACCAGGUGUCCUCCUAUAUGAGUCCUCUUCACCAGGUGUCCUCCUCCCAUAUGAGUCCUCUUCACCAGGUGUUCUCCUAUAUGAGUCCUCUUCACCAGGUGUCCUCCUAUAUGAGUCCUCUUCACCAGGUGUCCUCCUAUAUGAGUCCUCUUCACCAGGUGUCCUCCUAUAUGAGUCCUCUUCACCAGGUGUCCUCCUAUAUGAGUCCUCUCCACCAGGUGUUCUCCUAUAUGAGUCCUCUUCACCAGGUGUCCUCCUAUAUGAGUCCUCUUCACCAGGUGUCCUCCUAUAUGAGUCCUCUUCACCAGGUGUCCUCCUAUAUGAGUCCUCUUCACCAGGUGUUCUCCACCUCUACAGGGCUGACUAAGACAGUGUUUUACAUGGUCCUCCUCUCCACCUCUACGGGGCUGACUAAGACAGUGUUUUACAUGGUCCUCCUCUCCACCUCUACAGGGCUGACUAAGACAGUGUUCUCCACCUCUACAGGGCUGACUAAGACAGUGUACAACAUGGCUGCUCUGAAAGCAGCUCAGAAGACGGCUCUGUUCGCUGGGGUCGCUGCUACAGAGGAGGCUAUGAAGAAUAAACAGGAAGCCCUGCGGCUCCAACAGGAAAUGAGGAAGAAGAAGCAGGAAAUCCUGGAAAAACACAUCGAGACUCAGAAGCUGUUGAUCUGUAAACUGGAGAAGAACAAGACGAUGAAGACAGGAGACAAGGCGGUGAUCAUGACAACGCUGGGAACGCUGACCAAGAGUAUUACGAAACUACAGCAAGAGAUUAAAGGGCUCUCCAACCCUUCAGGAGUACGGGCGCCCAAGAGCAAGGCUCAGGCUCAGAAGGAGUUGCUGGACACAGAACUGGACCUGUAUAAGAAGACCCAGUCUGGAGAAGAUACCGUUCAGCUGAAGAUCAGAUAUACACAACUACAGUUAGAGGCAGCUAAGAGGGGGAUCCUGGCUCCAGGCCGGGGCAGAGGGGCCCAUGCUCGAGGCCGUGGGGGCCUGAGAGGCAGGGGGAGGGGAAGGGGUUGCCGGGGGAAGGGUCUCCCUGUCCACUCUACAGUAGACCACAGACCCAGAGCCCUGGAGAUCUCUGGCUUUACUGAGACUGACCUCCAGGAUCUACUGCCACACUUUUGCU